CCAGGGUGGGAGGGUGCCCAAGGAGGGGACACCACAGUGAGGCCCCAGGCCAGGUCAGGGGGUGUCCCCCCAUGGGGGAAGCUGCUCCCUGGGGGUUACUGGAGCCAUGCUGUCCCGAAAGGGCAUCAUCCCUGAGGAGUAUGUGCUGACACGUCUGGCAGAGGACCCUGCGGAGCCCAGGUACCGAGCCCGAGAGCGGAGGGCCCGCUUUGUGUCCAAGAAAGGCAACUGCAAUGUAGCCCACAAGAACAUCCGGGAGCAGGGCCGUUUCCUACAGGACGUGUUCACCACGCUGGUGGACCUCAAGUGGCCACACACUCUGCUUAUCUUCACCAUGUCCUUCCUGUGCAGUUGGCUGCUCUUCGCCAUGGUCUGGUGGCUCAUCGCCUUUGCCCAUGGCGACCUGGCCCCUGUUGAGGGUGCUGGGGAGCCCUGUGUCACCAGCAUCCACUCCUUUUCAUCUGCCUUCCUUUUCUCCAUCGAAGUCCAGGUGACCAUUGGUUUUGGCGGACGCAUGGUGACUGAGGAGUGUCCCCUGGCCAUCCUGGUCCUCAUUGUGCAGAACAUCGUGGGGCUCAUGAUCAAUGCCAUCAUGCUGGGCUGUAUCUUCAUGAAGACCGCCCAGGCCCACCGGAGGGCCGAGACCCUUAUCUUCAGCAAGCACGCUGUCAUCGCCCUGCGCCAUGGCCGCCUCUGCUUCAUGCUGCGCGUGGGUGAUCUCCGCAAGAGCAUGAUCAUCAGUGCCACCAUCCACAUGCAGGUGGUGCGCAAAACCACCAGCCCCGAGGGCGAGGUGGUGCCCCUCCACCAGGUGGACAUCCCCAUGGAGAACGGCGUGGGAGGCAACAGCAUCUUCCUGGUGGCACCCCUCAUCAUCUACCAUGUCAUCGAUGCCAACAGCCCACUCUACGACCUGGCACCCAGUGACCUGCACCAUCACCAGGACCUUGAGAUCAUUGUCAUCCUAGAAGGCGUGGUGGAAACCACGGGCAUCACCACCCAGGCCCGCACCUCCUACCUGGCCGAUGAGAUCCUGUGGGGCCAGCGUUUCGUCCCCAUCGUGGCUGAGGAGGACGGACGCUAUUCUGUAGACUAUUCCAAGUUUGGCAACACCAUUAAAGUGCCCACGCCACUCUGCACAGCCCGCCAGCUUGAUGAGGACCGCAGCCUGCUGGAUGCCCUGACCCUGGCCUCAGCCCGAGGGCCUCUGCGCAAGCGCAGUGUGGCCAUUGCCAGGGCCAAGCCCAAGUUCAGCAUCUCUCCAGAUUCCCUGUCCUGAGCCAUGGUCCCAGGCGCCACCUGUAUGCGUGUGUGUACACGCAGCGUGGCAUGGUAUGUAGCGUGGACAUGGUGUAGGCCCCUCAGCCAGGCAGGGGCCUGGUGUGAGGCUGGCUUUCCCCAGCUCAGCUUCCCCCUACUGCUCACCCUGGGUGUUACAAGGCACUUGUCACUACAGCUAUUUCUGGCCUCAGCAGGAGCCUGUACUGGGUUAUUUUUGUCCCUGCUCCUCCCAGCCCCAGCUCAGG